AGGCAUAUACAAUAGCCGGUUGAUUUAAAUCCUUACAUCAUUGCAUGCAACCAUAUUUUAAAAUAUUUUAAUUGUAAAAUCUGAAAAAUUAAUUGCUACGUAAAUAAUGAUAUUUUCUCAAACGUUUCAAUUGAUGUAGCGUAUAAAAUACUACAGAUCAAUACGAGUCUCCGCGAGAUACGUGUAGCAAUUUCUCUGUCUCUACAGAUGUAGACUUAUGUAUUUAGAACAGUACAAGUCUGGUCUAACUUUAGAAAUUAAUUUUGUACCUAAAUUGUAUUUUCACAAGUUCACAAUAAAUCACUCAAAGAAAGAAAUUAUGAAGACAGUAAAAUUGUUGUCAGGGUAUGACAUGCCAACUGUGGGUUUAGGUACCUGGCAGGCUAAACCUGAAGAAAUUGAAAAAGCUGUGUCAACUGCUUUAAAUGUUGGUUACAGACAUAUUGACACUGCAUUUAAUUAUAAUAAUGAAGAGGCAAUUGGGGCAGUAUUAAAAAAAUGGUUUGAAGAAGGUGGAAAACGAGAAGAUCUUUUCAUUACUUCAAAGUUACCCAAUUAUGGUAAUCGACCAUCAGAUGUAGAAAAGUUCAUUACCUUAUCCCUGAAAAAACUUGGCUUGGAUUAUUUGGAUAUGUACUUAAUUCAUAUGCCAUUUGCUUUUAAAUUGAAUGAAAGUACUAACACUGCAGUAACUAAUGAAGAUGGAAGUUACGUGUUAGAUCUUGAUACAGAUCCUGUUUCAGUGUGGAAGCAAAUGGAAGAACAAGUUAAAAAGGGUCAUACAAGAUCUAUAGGUCUAAGUAAUUUUAAUGAAAAACAAGUCUUAAACAUUUGGGAAAAUGCACAAAUUAAACCAAGUAACUUACAAAUAGAAUUACAUGCUUAUCUGCAACAAAAUUCAAUUAGACAAAUGUGCCAAAAGCACAAUAUUAUUGUAACAGCAUACAGUCCUCUAGGAUCACCAGGAGCUAAACAGCACUUUCAAACAAAAUACAAUCAUAAUGUUGAAGAUUUUCCUGAUCUUUUAGGACAUCCAAUAGUACAAAAAAUUAGUACGGAACACAAACGCUCACCGGCACAAAUUUUACUGCAUCAUCUGUUACAAUUAGGUGUUGUUGUAAUUCCAAAAAGUUCAUCCCCAGAAAGGAUUAAAGCAAAUAUUGAUUUAUUUGAUUUUACAUUAACAAAAGAAGAGAUGGAACUUUUAAGUACCUUAGAUAAGGGCCCUGGUGGAAGAAUUUUUAAUUUUCUAUUCUUCAAAGGUGUUGAAAAUCAUUCGCACUAUCCAUUCAAAGAUGAAUUACAAUCCUAAUUGAAAUACUGUUAACGUGUAGUUUGAGUACGUGUAUAUUUAUA